CAUCCUAUUAUUCCCCGAAUGGCAGAUCUUCCUCCAGCCCGCCUCCGCCUUUGCAAACCUCCAUUCUACUCCACCGGGGUGGAUUGCUUCGGGCCCUACACAGUAAAGAUUGGCAGACGAGCUGAGAAGAGGUGGGGAAUAAUUUUUAAAUGUCUGACUACUAGGUGCGUGCACCUUGAUCUACUCGGUCACAUGAAUACAGAUUCCUUCUUGAUGGCACUCCGGCGUUUCAUUGCUCGUAAAGGUAAACCAUUUGAGCUGCUCUCUGACAGAGGUACCAACUUCAUUGGAGGCAAUAAAGAGCUACUGGAAUCCUAUAAAUCCUUAACCCCUGACCUUCAAGCAGCUCUGGCCAAGCAGAAGAUUUUCUUCCAAUUUAAUCCUCCACACGCGCCCCACUUUGGUGGAACCUGGGAGCGCGAAAUACGCUCCAUCAAAAUUGCCCUGGAGACCACCCUUGGUGCUCAAACUGUAAGUGAAGAGGUAUUACGUACAGUCAUGAUUGAAAUAGAAGGCAUUCUAAAUUCCAAGCCCUUAGGCUAUGUCUCAUCUGACAUUGCUGAUCCUGACCCUGUGACCCCUAAUUUGCUGCUGAUGGGGCGGCAUGAUGCUUCCCUUCCUCUCGUAACAUAUCCAGACUCUGAGCUGCACAGUCGCCGUCAAUGGCGUCAUAGUCAAAUCCUUUCUGAUCAUUUUUGGGCUCAUUUCAUCAGAAAUUACCUCCCCUCACUUCAGUCCAGACAGAAGUGGCGCACCGACAAUCCUAACCUGCAACCUAGCACUGUCGUCUUGGUUCUUGAUCCUCAACUUCCCCGAUCUCAGUGGUCAGUGGGCAAAGUCAUCUCCCUCCAUCCCAGCAAGGAUGGCCGUUGUAGGGUUGCUGAUGUCCAAGUCAAGGACAGGACAUACACAAGGCCCGUUGCCCACCUUGUUCCUCUCCCGGCCCUACCUGAUCCUCCGUAA